AUGGGUGGUCUCAACCCCGCUGCGGAGCCUUUCAAGCAUAGCGACUACGAGGUGUAUGGAUCUGAAUCUGGCGCGAGGGAAUUCUACCCUGCGGCGCGACUGCCAGUUGUUGAGCCGGAAGGGUAUGUGGGAUAUUGUGUCCAAGAACCGCCUGUGGACCACGAUGCUUACACAUACGACCAACAUCAAAUGGAUUUCUGGAUGGAUGAUUCACUACUGAUGGGGCAAUAUUUUGAGCCUGAGAAGCAUCAAACUCUCAGCUACUACGAUAUCUCUGGCCCCUACCUCGCCUUCAACGAUGUCCAAGCACCCGUCUACCGCCACACCACCGAAGUCCAUGAACCGGAAAAGGCCACACAUACCUUUAACGCCAAAGCCCCGGCUUUCACCCCUACCAAGCUCUCAAAGCUCAACCCCACAGCCCCCAACUUCCUCCUCAGCCGCCUCGCCAUUUUCGACCCUCCCUCCGGCAACCCCCAGGCCCGUCCCAGAAAAUGCAUGCUCGUCCUCCCCAACGCGUGCGAAGAGAACAUUACAGACGACCUCUCUAUGCUGAAGAUCCCCCAAGACGGCCAAGUCGGCCGCUUCACCAUGGAAACAACCUACAAGUUUAACAAAGGCUUCCACCACAACGACGUCGUGCUAGGCGCCAUUUACGACGAGGUGAUCGCGCUGCGGAAGAAGGAUAUCAGCUUCUUCACUAUCAAGCUCGAGGUGAACCCUGUAAACGACGCGCCUCCGCUUUGGCCGCCGGGACGCAAUCUGUUCGACGUCAAGGCGUAUUACUUUGAGUCCAAGGAGAAGUAUGGUGAGAAGAAGGAUAUGCUUUGGGUUACCAUUUUGCCUCAUGGAUCGCCGCCGAACGCCGACACUAUUCAUGUCUUUGAGACUAAGAAGCAGAAGUGGGUCGUUCUUGGGGAGUGGCUGCGUGCCUGCUAUUGUUUUGGCAUUCGUCUUCCAAAGCAGUCGCGUUUGAAGCUGCGGCCGGACUUGGUUGGUUGGCCGGGGUAUAGCACGCAUUUCAAGUGGUGGAAGUAUGUGGGUAGUUCCCACCGCUUUGAGACUUUGCCUAGCGAGCUUCGUACGAAGAUUUAUGAGUAUGCUCUGGGUGGUGAACUCUACCCCUUGGGUUCGUCAAGGAUACCUCAAAUUACCCUAGGUUUGGGUUAUCAACCUUCCUUGUUCAAGUUCGGGACCGAUAUCUGGGAAGUCAUGAGCCGUAUGGACAAGUUCGAUCGACAUGUACCAGAAGAUCGGCCUUCUGUGUACGAACCGCAGGUAUCAAUGCUUGCUCUCAAUAAGACGAUACGUGGUGAAGUAAUUCACACAGCAUGGAUGCUCAUGCGUAGCUGCUUCUUCAAUCGAGGCCUCUUUGAGAGUGCAAUCAAUGCACCGCCGGGUGCUGCAGAGCCGUACAAGUACCUUGGCAAAAUUGAGCUGAACUUUACAAACUAUGGGUAUUUCGGUUUCUUUGGGGUUACCGUGGGGACGAAUCGCCUGCAUAUCACGGCCUCAUCGUCCCUUGGCCCGCGUCUGCAGGCGUUGGAGAAUCUGCACGAUCUGCAUCUUCGCUUCCGCACGCCCUCUGAUGGAUACAGUGGUAGCGCCUUGUACAAUCUCAUGCAUAACACGGAUGAUAGACUUGAUCUGUAUGACAGGCAUUAUAGCCUUGAUCUAAAGGGCGACUGUCAGCGUACGGUGGUUGAUUGGAUAUGCACAUUCGCCUAUCCCUUCCUAAUCGACAAGUGCAAGCAAGGAAAGUUGAAGGUCGCACUUACCGGCGCUGUCAAGACAGACACGAAAGAAAAGUGGGAGGCGAUCUUCAAGGACAAGCGCGAGCAUGACCAGGCAGCAGCUAUGGCCGACAUUUUGAACAAACCGAGGAACGAACUGCAACCCACCUCCAUGUAA